AUGGCCACUGAGAAACCUCUUCAAAAUGAAGCUGACAAUAGCAACCCAAUUCAGCUCCCAUCUCUUGGAGGAACUGUAACUUCUGAGGCUGCAGAAUUCGCUUACCAAUUCCAAUUCAAGCAAUCUGGAGCUGGAGAACUCUACAAUUCCUGCAGAUUGAUCGAUGGCAGUUUUCUUGAUCUUCUAGCCAAAGAACAGAGCAAUAAAAAGGUCAAACAACUCGCUGUGGGUUUGCAGCUAAGCGGGACAAAGUUCAUCUGGGUGUUUAGAGAUGCAGAUGAAGGGGAUGCAUUCGAAGAAGAAAAUAGAAGAUUGGCUCAACUUCCAGAAGGGUUUGAGGAAAGAGUGGAAGAAAUGGGAAUGGUAGUGAGAGAGUGGGCUCCACAGAUUGAAAUUCUGGAGCACAAAUCAACGGGAGGGUUCAUGAGUCACUGCGGAUGGAAUUCCUGUUUGGAGAGCUUCAGCAAUGGAGUUCCUGUAGCUGCUUGGCACUCAGACCAACCCAUGAAUGCUAUUUUGUUGGUACCGUUGGAAAAAUAUCAUAUAUGA